AUGUGUCAUGUCAUUGUCACCUGUCGCUCGAUGCUCUGGACCCUCCUGAGUAUUGUGGUGGCUUUCGCCGAGCUCAUUGCCUUCAUGAGCGCAGACUGGCUGAUUGGAAAAGCCAAGACCCGCGGCAGCUCCGAGCAAGGUGAGCAGGGCGGAGGCUACCCGGAGCCCUACCACCCCACGCUGGGCAUCUACGCCCGCUGCAUCCGGAACCCCGGGGUGCAGCACUUCCAGCGGGAGACGCUGUGCGGGCCCUACGCUGAGAACUUCGGCGAGAUUGCCAGCGGCUUCUGGCAGGCCACUGCUAUCUUCUUAGCCCUGGGCAUCUUCAUUCUCUGCACGGUGGCCCUGGUGUCCGUCUUCACAAUGUGUGUGCAGAGCAUCAUGAAGAAGAGUAUUUUCAACGUCUGCGGGCUGUUACAAGGAAUUGCAGGCCUGUUCCUCAUCCUCGGUUUGAUACUCUACCCUGCUGGCUGGGGCUGCCAGAAGGCCAUAGGCUACUGUGGACACUAUGCAUCGGCCUACAAACCCGGAGACUGCUCCCUGGGCUGGGCCUUCUACACCGCCAUCGGGGGCACGGUCCUCACCUUCAUCUGUGCCGUCUUCUCCGCCCAGGCAGAAAUCGCAACCUCCAGCGACAAAGUACAGGAGGAAAUAGAAGAGGGGAAAAACCUUAUCUGCCUCCUUUAGUUUGGAAGAGACAUUAAUGCCAUUUUCUCGCUCGUGUAACCUUGUGAAACAAACAGUUCACUUCUGGUUUUGUCAUUUGAGUCAAAUGAAGAACUAGCCUUUACCUACCAGAGCCACACUCCACAGCCCAGAGCCUUGACAGGACCAGGGACAGGCAACAUCAGCUAAGCAGUGACUGCACAUGAAGGCCACAGUGCCAGCUGUGAGAGAUGGAACAUGACAGUAAUACAGAAGCCCUGACCUGCAGUUAAGUUCUGUCAGACUCCAUCUCCCCCGAGGCUCUAUGAAGGAUGACGAGCUAAACCGUCAAAGCAGCAGUUUCUCUGGUAACAAGAGACUGUUAGCCAGAUUAGCAGGCUGUUUAGAGAUGUGUUUCUGCCACUAGGUUUCAUGCCUGUGAGCACCUCUGCCUCAGAGUGAGGCCUGGGGAUGGUGUUUUUAUUUCCUCUUAGUUCUUUCAAACUGUCUCACUCAGAGACUACAACAAAGACUGCACACUUACUGGAGAGAGGAUGUGUGCUCAGAGGCAUAGCAAGAUGUCUCUUGCUUAGCUGACCCAAGGGGUCAGCAGGGACAGUGUAGAAUCCUGUUGUGGAACUGAUUCUAGGCUAAAUUCCAGAGUAAGUGGAUCAACUGAACUGUCACUCCAAGAUUUUAGAUGUUUUAAGUAAAGAAAGAAGGACCUGUCCGAUCAUGAGAAUGAAAGUACAAAAUCCUGCUAAUGAAGACAAAUUCAUUCCAUUUCCCAGCAGCCAGGCUAGCACCAGUACUGGCCCAGUCUUCUCUAGAGAGCACGUUUCUUUCUGUUCUAGGGGCAGGACUGCGCUUUGACUGCCGAAGGGAACCUCACUUAGUUUCCUCAUUCCAAGGACGAGGUCUCCAAGCCGGCUGUGGCUCAUUCAGAUGUUGACCGGGAGAGUUUGCAAGACUCUCAGCACUUGUGGGAAACCUUUUCCCACCGUGCGGUAACCACACUGUGGUUGGCUGUGUCCCCACUGCCAGCAGCUUGGCAUUCUGUGCUGAAAAAAGGAGCUAGUCAUGGGAGUUCAGUGUUUCUAGUUACUGGUAUUGAUCCUGAAAGCAGACUGAAAUAACAUUAAAUUGCUCUUACUGGGGAGUUACAUCAAAGGCUUCAUUCCCAGGAAAGCACAAAGUAGAAAAUUAAUGUAAAAAUGAGAGCCAGACCAAGCUCAUAGCACCUGCAUACACCUGUUUACAAAAAUAGAACACCACUAUUAAAAAGGAUUCAGGGGC